AUGGCAGAUACGGAACGCAGGUUUGGAAUUACCGCUGCUGUGACCAGACUCGUGAAAGCAAAUGUGUGCGGAGCUGUGCUAGCAAUAGGUGAUGGUGCCAACGAUGUCGCGAUGCUUCAGGAAGCUGAUGUUGGAGUUGGCAUUUCAGGACAGGAGGGUAUGCAGGCAGCGCUGGCCUCGGAUUACACCAUCACCCAGGUUUAA